UUUUGCAAAUUUUUUUUUAUUUUUGUACAAAGCGUAGAAAAACAAUGACUGAAUUUAAUUCUACACUUGUCAAAUGGCGCGUUGCCGCAUUAAGUUUGAAAAUUCGAAGAUCGAUUCAAACUAAAAUUUGUGGGAGUCCACCCAAACUUCAUUUAUUGAUUAUUACGUCUCUACUGUUCUUUGCUAAUUUUUAUUUUUUUUAAUCUUAUUUUCCUUACUUUUCUUUUAUUUUUCUUCCUUCUUCCAGGUAUUGACCUUUGAAAAAAUAUCCCACCACUCUUCCAUCCAUCAUCACCAACAAGCACCCAUCACCAGUCUUCCAACAACCACCCAUCACCACUCUCAACCACCAAACACCACCCAAAAUCCCACUCUCAACCACCAAACCCCACCCAAAAUCCCAUCCCGUCACAACACCUAAACCAGUAUACCCCCAUUGAAAAAAAUAAUAAUAAUAAAAAAUAAAAAAGCAUUAACCCAUCUGCUUCGCGAGACAGCCCCGCCGGAAUCGCGCAGUCACCGACAGAACUUAACCCACAGCCGUCGUCGUCGGAUUUGAGGGUUUUGCCGUCGGAAUUUCACGAUCCUUUUUGCUCGUCGGUUGCCGUUCAAUUACGCCAAGAAUAGAUCCUCGUAGCUUCGUUGUCAUCCGAAUCCUCUCUGGUUGCCGAUCCAAUCACAGCCAUUGCCGUCUUGAAGCUUUCUUCCUCGCCGACGUGAAGCCCCCACUGGUCGUCGCUGGAAGUUUUUCUGGGUCUGUUAAAUUGAUCGUUUGGUACAGUGUAUUUGGUAAUAAGUAUAUAAAAAAAAUUAAAAAAAAAAACGAGGCUUGUUUGGUUACAUACACAGCACUAUCCCAAUUCUGAAAUCCGUACAGCACUGAACCAGUUGUGCCUACACUAGUUUCAUUCAAUAAACUAGCUUGAAAAAAAAAAAAAAAUACAGAUUGUUGAUUCGGAUGGUGGGCUAAUUUGGGAGCAUUCAACACUUGGAUAUUCUUAUUGGAGCGCGUGGAAUCAUGACAAACCAUUACUUUGUCGUCCAGUCCAUGGCUCGAGUGAAGACUGUUGCUCGCUGGCAGUAUCAAUGCCGAGUGCGACAGCGAGUGGAGGAGCCUGAGGAGCAUGAGGAGCCAGCUCUAGCUCAGUCUGAGCGUUCUGUUUCUUCUGCUUCUGCAGCUUCAUCUUCUUCAUCGGCCGAUAAGGCUGAGCAUAUACAACCUCCUUCACCACCACCAGCACAGCCCGGCCAGGUCCGAGAUAGACCUAUCAGGAGAUACUCACACCUUUCAGUGGCGCAUGAGUCUGUCUUUGACACUGUUUUCUUUUCCCAGUCAAUUCUAACCAAGGCCGUCUUCGAUGAGAUUGACCGGCGCGGCAUUUCAGCUAUUUUGGCUCCGGUAGGCUACCCUAUUUACCUACGGCUCGUCCCGUUGUUCUACCAGAACCUUCAGCCGACCCCAAGUAAUCUAUAAGAGUUACGGACUACUAUUGAUGGCCAUCUUAUCCGUAUCACUAUUAAGACAUUGGCCACAUCUUCUCGAUGCCCACACGUCUGCCCUCCUGGCCUUUAGUAUCUUAUUCUCCGGAGGCCAUCUGACACAGAUAUGGCCAUUGCACUGACUGGCCCUUAUAGUGAUGGCGAGACAUUCGCCACCCGGACUUAUUUGCCCGAUGAUUUAUGGUUCUUCGACUCAGUCUUGUACCGAAAUGUAUUUAUGGCAGGCCAUAAAUCCAACGGCGUUCAGAUUUUCUUCCAACCUUCUACACCUUCUAUACAGGCCAUUGGUUUUCUGUUCCUACACUUUACUGGAGUGUCAUGAUGAGAUUGUAUGCGAGCUUCAUCAGCAAGACCAAGCUUGGGUGAGCCACUUUCCUUCCCUUCGAACAUCUGAUUACCCAGAUCCUCCGAGAUCAACAUUAUCCUUUUCAUGUAGCAAAGCAUCCUGAGUCAGAGGCUUGCCGCUAUGGCAAAAAGGAUUGGAACAAGAGCUACGAUGCUUUCAUAAAGAGUCUCGAGGAUGAGGCCAUCUUGGCAGCAAAGGAGGUAGAGUUAGCAGCGAUGGAUGAGCAGGCAGCAGUAGUAGCAGCAGCGGCAGAUGAUCCAGCAGACCCACAGGUGGUUCCGGAUGCAUAUAUAGAUAUAGACUUGGAGCGGGAGCCUCCAAUAGAGUCAUUGCAUCACUUUCUAGCAGGGUCGCCAUUACAUUCUCAGGAGCUGAGUCAGGAUGUACCUCAGUUUCAUUAUCCAGUCAUUCCUAACACUCUAGUCCAGACACCUAGCCUAGGAGAGUGUAUCCAGACAUUGGAGGAUGCGGUUGUCUCUCUCCAAGCAGAUGUGACUACUCUCCGCUCAGACAUACUGACUGCGCUGCAGGGCAUUUCCAGAGAUAUCCGGGGAUCACGCUCCACCAGAUCGACCUCAUCUGCUUGAUCUCUAUAUCUCUCUUUUAUCAUUUUAUAUAUCUGUGCUCCUUGACUAUUAUUUUGAUACUGUUAUUUUUGCGACUAGUCUGUUGGCCCAGAUCCUGUGUUGUACCUUAUACUGCUUUUAUUUUCUUUAUCUUAUGCAUGAUAUUUUUGGAUGUCAGGUUAUUAUAUUGAUCUAUUUAUCUGUGAUUGACUACAUUAUCAAGUGCAUCUUAGUGACUUCAGUAAGAGAGUGCUGCCCAAAUUUUUUUCAAAACCAUCCUUAUUCCUCUCUCCUUAGUUCAUUUAUUAUUCCAUUUACACUUGUAUGUCCAUUGUGCACUGUUAUUAUCUCCUUUGUUAUCUGAUGACCUUUUAUCCCAGUGCCAUCUUUUCAGGACCACAGUCAAUCCCAAGUUUGGGGGUUGUACCUCCCAUUUCGGAUACUUGUGUCCCGGCCAUUCCUUGCCUUAGCUGCACUGGUAUACUAUUUCCUUUUGGUUCUCUUUACACAUUGAGGACAAUGUGUCAUUUAAGUUUGAGGGUAAUGGGUGUUAUUUGUAGUGUUUGUUUUCAAUUCAAAAUUUUGAGCAUGACUUGUGUAUUUGAGUGAUUUUCUAUGAUUGGUCCAUGACUAGCUAUGAUUUUGAUCUUUUAAGGACUAUAUUGCUUAAAAUUUAAAAAUUGCUUAACUUGAGAGUCCAAUACUCCUUGUAUGCCUUGUGGAUGCCAUUUAGGAGUACAUUUUUCAAAAGAUUGAUAUCUUGCUUGUAUUUGUGGUCCACAUCAUCCUGAUUUUGUGAUUAUUUUGAGAUUCACUCUAGUAUUCUACACUAGCACAGGCGCACACUAGCAUUCAUUUGUGGGGUACAUACUUUAUUAAUUAUUGAAUUGGAUAAAUCCCAAUUGGGCUAGUAGUGCAUUGAAAGAUUUCAUUUUUGAUAAAGGUGGAUAACAAACCCUUUUCAUUGAGUAGCCGGGAUUCUAGCCUCAUCAAGCACUGAAUUUCUCAUGCCAAAAGGUGGAGGGCCUAAACCCUAGGUAAUAAUUGAAUGCUAAGAAAAAAAGAAAAAGAAGAAAAGUUGCAAAAGUAAUAAAAAGUGAGGACUUCUUCCAAAAUGUGAGAAGUGGGAAAUGAUUAGAUAGAUGUUGUUUUGAUUUGUAGCCUAGUUGAUUUAAGCUUGUAAGUCCUUAGGGGUGUUUAAACGCCUAAUGCCUUAAAGCCAUUUGGUUUGGGAGUCAUUAACCUAACGUUUGACCUCAUGGAUUGCUAGAAAGCUUAAUAGAUCAACACAUUGCACUAUGCUUCCAUCUUUGAUCCUCUAGGAUAAAAUAAAAAAUAAAAUAAAAUCGAGUGAAAAGAAUAAGCGCACCUAGGUCAAUAAAACUUUAAUAAAAGAUCCACUCUUUAUCUUGAUGAUCGGUACUAGAUUUGUGUGUUAGUUUAAGGGUAAGGAUGUAAUUAUUCUUUAGUUAGCUUAGAUAGCAACAAACUUGAUGCCGGUCCACUUAAAAAGGAUUCUAAUAUUGUUUUGAUUUGCAUGAUCAUUUUCUUGAUGUGUGGAGGACCAUACUUGCUUGUUUGAUGUUAAAAUUUUGGAAGAUUGCUUGGCAAUGGUUGAAAAAUUACAUACUUGAGGUAGUCUUCUCCCAAUGCUUGUUUGCAAUAUUGGUGCCUCUUUUAUGAGAAUGAGUUUAAUGUUUAUGGGUAUCAUUUCUGAAAACCCUCACGAGACUUCACUCGUCCACUAGGGGUAACCUAGGGGUUUAAAAGGCUUGUUACAUAUGCUAAAUGCAAUCGUGUUUCCUACGAAAGUGAUGUUAUCCAUUUAUUGCUUUCUAGAUUUAUAGUUGUAUAGUUGUUCAUUUCAUUCCUUUACUUCGUAGUUCAUUGCUAGGGACUAGCAAUAUUUAAGUUUGGGGGUGUGAUG